ACAUCACCUUGCACUUAUUUUGCAUAUACUCAUGUGUAUUUUGUAUAUACACAUUGGUGUAUGUGAUAGAAAGGGUUGAGUAGUCUAGGAAAGCUUCCUGAAGGAAGAAGGAUUUAGAAGGGUGGAUCACAUGAUUUAAAGCUGAUAAGAUCACAGGAUGAUAGAUUUCAAGUUGAAAGGAAUCUCAGAAGUCUCCUACUCUGAUCUGUUCAUUUUGCAAAUGAGAAAAAUGAGCCCUGGACAGGUUAAACAACAUUUCCAUAUUUAUAUGGGAUAAUAACAAAAUCGGGAUUCAAGCCUGUCAUCCAUCUGGAAUCUCAGAACUCUUUUUUGUACUACCAAAUGCAGCCUUGCAGAUCAUUUGGCAUAUACACAUUGCUUUUAUACUAGGGGAAACAGUCUGAGACAGAGAAGUACACUUACUCAAGACAAUACUGUUCAUAUAUAAAGGUGUUGAGUCUUCUGACCUUUUGGGUUCUGAGGGAACUUAUGAAUGUCUCCCUAUUCCUCACUCAUUUUUUUUUUUUUUUGCCUCUUGCAAGAUAUCUUCUUUAAGACUUUUAUUCUGCAUUGUUUACAGAUUGAAACAUACUGUUUUUUUACUUUAUUUUCAAGUUUUUUUGGUUGUUUUUUAAUUUUUUAAAAAAAUUUUACUAUCUUUUUAAUUCAGCAUUUUCUUUGCCCAGAAAGACUUGUUUCUGUUGCCUAAUGGACUGUACUGAAAUGGCAUGAAAUAGACCAAUCUCCUCAUUUUAUGUUGGAGUAAAUUGAGCUUCAAGAACUAAAGAACUAGAAAGAUGAUAAAGCAAAUCAAGUGACAGUACAAUUCUUGGAUUCCAGGUAUCACAACUCCCAAGUUCCACUAUCAUUUAUUCAUUCAACUCCAAAGGCGAUUGGAUUAGUGAAUAAAAUAUUGGUUGGGCUUUGUAGUCUGUAAAACCUAAACUGAAAUCCCACUUGAAGUGUUUUCUAGCUGUGUGAUUCCGAGCAAAGUCCUUACCUUCUCUGGGUACAUGUAUACUUUCCUCAUCUCUAAAAUUAGUUACACGUGAUGAUCUUUAAGGUCUCUUCCUGCUUUAACCCUAUGAUCCCUAGAAGAAAGAAUGACUGGGGGCCAGAAUCCUUGCCAAGAUCCCCAAAGAGUGAUACUGAUGGAUUUAGUCAGCAGAGGGCAGCGUAGCCCCAGUUGCUGCAGGAGAGAAGGGAAAGGAAGAUGAGAAGAAGAGAAAAGGAGAAGGGGGAGGAAGAAAGACUCUCUAGCUGGAAAGGACUGUAAAGUUUACCUAGUUCUAACCUCGUUCUUCACAGGAAAAGCAUUGUCAAGAAACGCGGGGGAGGGAAGGCGAGAAGAAAAGGAUAGAAGAGGAUGGGAAAGGGAAAGAAUGAAGAGGGGACGAGGAGGAGAAGGGAAAAAGGGAGAGAAAGGAAGGAGGGAAGAAGAAAAAAAAAAGAAAAGCUCGGAAGGAAGCAUGAGAAAAUGGAGAGAGAAGAGGAAAAGAGAAGAGUACAAGAGAAGGGAGGAAGGAAAGGAAAAGGAGGGAAGAGUGGAAGGAAGAGGAAAAGAGAUGGGAGCUAGGAGGUUAGGAAGGCGCGCCCCUCUUUGGCUCCUUUUCCCCUUUGCAUCUCCUAGUCCAGCCCGAGAGGAGAGGGAAGAAGAGGGGAGGGGCAGGACUGCGGUGCCACCCCAACUCCGCCCCCCAGCCUAGGCACUAGGGAGGAGUGGAGGCGGGGCCCGGAGAAGCUAGGUCAGCCCCACUCCUCCACCCUCGGCUCUCCAGCCUCCAGGCCUAAGACCGCCCCUCCUCCGCCUCCCCGGGUGCUCUCUAAAUCCAAUACAUUUAGUCACUGGGGGUCCCAGCCCAGCCUGAGACCCAAAGUAGAGUGGCCCCUCCUCUCCUAGGCCCCGCCCUCUCCCCAGCCCAUUCCCUCCCUCUCUGCCUCCCCUUUCUCUCCCUCCCUUCCUCCUCCUAACAAAGUUUAUUUGCAGGCAACAAAAGAGAGAGGGAGAGAAGGAGGAGGAGGGAUCAAGCAAGCGGGGGAAACGGCGUGAGAAGGGGGGAAGCCAGAGGAAAAGGAUUCUCCCCCGGAGCUUCCUUUCCGUAGGCCCUCCAAGGCGGAUCUCUAUCGGGGGGCGGGGGCGGCCCGGGGCCCCUGCCCUCGCCCCCGGGCCGCGAUGUCCCCGGGCCGGGCAAAGGUGGAGACUGAGGCUGAGACGAUGGAACCGGGCAGGGGCCGGAGCUGGGGCUGGGGCUGAGGCGCAUCGGGGGCCCGGCCCGGAUUAUGGAGCUUCCAGCACCGCCGCUUUCCCGGCUGCGAGCGGACGUGAAAACUUGAGCCAGGGGAAAAGUUAGUUGCUCGUUAGCUCUUUUGCUCGCUCACAGGAGAGGCUUGGGUCGGGGGAGAGAAGUUUGGGCCGCGGGAGCUCCCCGCGUUCCCCCUUGUCCCUCCUCCCUGUUCUUGUCUCUCCUUCCCUCUUUCCCAAGUUCCUCCCUCCUCUCUCCCCUGCGCCCUCUCUCCUUCCUUCUCAGUUCCCCUCCCUCCCUUCCUUCUCCCCUCAUCCCAUCCGUCUCUCCUCAGCUCCGUCCCCCCUCUAAUCCAUACAAUCCUCCCCAUCCAUCCCCCCCAAUCCAUCCUCCAUAUCUCUCAUCCCCAGCUCUUGUCCAUCUUCUCCAACUCUCACCCAUCCCCUCAGCUCUCUUCCAUAUUCCCCUCCCCGCACUCAUUCAUCUCUCCCCAUCCAAGUUCUCACCCUUCCCACCCCCACCUUCAGCUCCUGAACCUUCCUCCCUUCGCAGAAUAGUACAUGGACCCGCUCCUGCGGGGACUCCGAACCCUGUAGGGACUGGGAUUGGGAAUCAGACAAGGGUUGGCCUCCUGCGGAGGGGGGAAAGGGCUGCCAUGACUAGCUGAGACUUCUGUCUCCUCCUUAGCCCUUCCAAAGGAGCACCACCUUCUCCUUUCGGAAGGACCAAAAAGCCCCAAUCCUCACCUCCCAGCCCAGUCUUCCCCGGUGCCCUCCCGGGCUGAGCCAUGACCGACGGGCCGCCCCCGCCCCCGCUCUACCGGAGCAUCUCGUUCAAACGGCUGGAACGCUGGAGCGGCGGUCCCGGCUCCGACAGGGCGGACUGCGCGGAGGAGACCACCUCCUCGUCCCCGGGGCUUCGGCGACGGGCUCCGGGCACCACCACCCUGGCGGCUUCCCGGCGCGUCUCUAAGCUGGCGUCGGGAAGUACCGGAGCUGCGGCCACGUCCUCCCCGAGGCCCCUGCGCAGCCUCUCGCCAUCCGUCCGUCAGUUGUCCCAGCGCUUCGACUGUGCUGGCGGAGGGUCGCGGAGCAGGAGUAGAAGCCACAGUCAGAGCCUGGUCUCCGGGACGGGCUCCCCCAAUGAAGAAGAGGCCCACUGGAUUCGAGGCCGGGAGGGGGCGCCGUCGGAGUUCCGCAGGGGACAGUUCUCGGCCGAAGAAGGAGCUGGAGCAGGAGCCGGAGUCGGUGGGGGCGGGCCCGGGUCGGAGCCCACGGGCCACUGGCCCAGCGUCACGGAGAUGCGCAAACUUUUCGGAGGCCAGAGCUUCAGACGGCCAAGCCCCGAUGGCCUUUGGUCGUCCAGCCCGGCCUCUGCUUCCCCCACGCGAGACGACGGGGCUCAGAGCCCAGAGGAGCCCCCUGGGCGCCAGCAGCCGCCGCCUCCUCCCCCCAGGACCUGUUUCCCCCUCUCUGGCCUUCGGUCCCCCCUGCCCCGGGCCCAGGCCGAGGGGAGGAGGCAGCAGCAGGCGGAUAGUUCACAUUCUUGGCAUAGUUACUGCCAACCACACGCCGGCCCCCAGGCCUCUGUCUGCUCCUCCUCCUCCUCUCCUGCCACUGCCUUCUAUCCUGUCAGCCGCAGCCUGAGCAGAGGAGAGAGCUCCAGCGAGGAGGAAGAGCAGGCCGGGGCCCCGGUAAUCUGUGCUGUCCCUAGCCCAGGGGCCCAGCCCUCCGGAGGUUCUGGCAGCGAAGGAGACGGUUUGAAGGAAGAAGGAAUUCUCCAGGCUUCCUCCUACAGGAAAGAGGCCUCUGCAGGGGGGUGGGAUCUGGACAAUGAUGGGUUAAAACCAGGCAGGAUGGACUCCCCUGAGCAGAUACCUGAAGAUCAGGGCCUGGACUCCCAGGGGCCAGGAUGUGGAACGGAGGGCCUCCAGUCUGCCCGAGGGUCACAGGAAGGCCUCAGGCAGCUCAGUAGGGGCCUGCCGGAGAGUUUUGGGAGCACCUUCCCCAUGGUCUCUCGGGUGGCCAAGGUGAGCUUUCCACCCUAUGUGGCCAGCCUUGGCCGUCAUUCAAGCACAGAGAAGCUGAGGGAGGAGGAUCUUUGGACUGGAAGAGGAAGCUGGGGCUUGUAUCGAUCACCUAGCUUUGGGACAGGGGAUGGUUUCCUCCGGCCUCAGGCACAUGCCAGGCCAAAGCCGCUGGUGUGUACGGGCAAGGGACAGAGGGACAGAUCCACCGAGGCUGUGGAGCCCAGCUAUAGGGCCAUGGAGCUGGAGAAAAGCCGGCAGCGGAAGUCCCUGUCAAACCCGGACAUUGCCAGCGAGACACUGACCCUGCUUAGUUUCCUGCGUUCUGACCUCUCUGAGCUGAAGGUCCGUCGGAGUGGCCGACGACCCGGGGAUCAGGAUGGAACACCACAGAGCUGUGGCGAUGCCUCUGAGGACCCCGAGCUGACUGGGCAUCAGGGAUCCCUGCUUGCCCCUGGCAGGCAGGCCCUGGGCACUCGCCCAACCCUCAAGGACCUCACAGCCACAUUGCGCCGGGCAAAAUCCUUCUCCUGCUCAGAAGCCCCGUCCCCUCGAAGGCUCUCCCGGACAGGGGCACUGAAGCCCAGCUCCUCAGAACUGCUCCUUGCACGCCGGAGGGCUGAGGAGGAGGAAGAAGAAGAAGGGCUCCCUGAGGUCGUACAGGAUCAAUAUGUGCAGGAAGCCCAGCAAGUAUUUGAGAAGAUUAGCCAGAUGGGGGCCCGGCGGGAUGAGGGAGGAUCCCCCCCUGCCCUGCACCUGCCCACAAGUUCUCCCUGCCAGAGAUCCCUGGAAGAGCUGUCAGGCCAUGAAUCCAGUCUGACUGAUGAGGGCAUUGUGACGGAACCUGAACCAGCUAGCAUUGCCUACCGGGGCCUAGGGCCUCUCUCAGAGUGGAAGUCUGGUGAGUUCCCCCUCUCCUCAUCCCGGAUGAACCCCAGUGGCCCUCCAGCAGAAGGAGGCCGGGCCCCCCCCGCCGGCCCCCUGGAUGCCCCGGGGACCCCGGGUGCCCUUCGUCGGCGCCGGAAGGCCCCCCCCCUCGGCCCUGGCGGGACAGACCUCAGCAAUGGAGAUGCCAGUGAGGCCUACCGCUCCCUGAGCGACCCGAUGCCUCACCACCGGCGGCCUACCCCCCUGGAGGAGUCCUCGGGCUUCUCUGUAGACAGCAACCUGCUGGGCUCCCUGGGCCCAAAGGCAGGGCUUCCCCCCGCAACCGCCGUGGCCUUGGCAGAUUGCGGGGCUGCUGGGGCCAGUGACUCCUCCAUUGGCAGCGAUGGCGGGAAGGAUUUCCAGGCCGUGAUCCAGAGUGUGGUCCACCAGCCAGGCGCCCUGGGCCGGGCGGUCGACGAGCGAGUCCACGGUAGAGCAGCCAAGAAGAAGUCGCUGAGUGACCCCAGCCGGCGAGGGGAGCAGGCCGGCCCCGGGUUUGAGGGCCCUGGUGGGGAGCCUAUCCUGGAGGCAGCCCUCCCCCCGGCCAGCAGCGAGCCCAUCCUCCUGGAACAUCAGUCAGGUGAACCAGGAAAGACCAGGGCUCAGUCUGAGAGAGUUCUGCCCAAGGCCCUGUCAGCCACUGCCCCCCUAGAUUUCCACCUCGACCCCAAGCUGGCUGAUGUGCUGUCCCCGCGGCUUGCCCGCCGGAGCUCCAAGAAACGGCCAGCCCGGAGCAGUCAUCAGGAGUUCCGAAAAGAGGAGGACGCGGCUCCGCUGGGGAGGGCCCAGCCUGGCUCUCGCCAUGUUCGACAUGCCAGCGAGCCAGCUGCCUUCAUCCCCAUCGAGGCCCCCGAGCCAGUAGCCACAGGCACCGAGACCUCGGGAUCCGCAAAUAAGGUCUAUCCGGCCCUGCAGGUGCCCUCCCUGGAGGAUGUGACCAAGCAGUACAUGCUGACCCUCCGCGCCAGCGAGGCCCCGGCUGGCGGGCCCACGGACGUGUCCCAGUCCACUCCAGCCACCCCAACCUCCUCAGAAGCCAAACCGCCCGAGGCGGCGCGGCCCCCCGAAGACCCGAUUCCCGCCGAAAGGAGGCAGAGCCAGAGCAAACCCCAAGUGGACAUGAGAAAACAUGUCAUCAUGACCCUACUGGACACAGAACAGUCAUAUGUGGAGUCUCUUCGGACGCUGAUGCAGGGUUACAUGCAGCCACUCAAGCAGCCAGAGAAUGCAGUUCUGUGUGACCCGUCCCUGGUGGAUGAGAUCUUCAACCAGAUUCCAGAGCUGCUGGAGCACCAUGAACAGUUUCUGGAGCAAGUGCAGAACCGUGUGCAAGAAUGGCACACUCGGCAGAAAGUGGGCGACCUGCUUGUGCAGUCGUUCUCCAAAGACAUCCUGGUGAACAUCUACUCAGCCUACAUUGAUAACUUCCUCAAUGCCAAAGAUGCUGUGAGAAUUGCCAAGGAAGCUCGGCCUGCCUUUCUCAAAUUCUUGGAGCAAAGCAUGCGGGAAAACAAGGAGAAGCAGGCCCUAUCUGACCUCAUGAUCAAGCCGGUACAGAGGAUCCCCCGUUAUGAGCUGCUUGUGAAGGACCUCCUGAAACACACCCCCGAGGACCACCCUGACCGGCCGUUCCUGAUCGACGCCCAUCGGAACAUCAAGCAAGUGGCUGAGAAAAUUAACAAGGGCAUGAAGAAUGCAGAAGAGGUGGAGAGACAUGCCCGAGUGCUGCUGGAGAUCGAGGCCCACAUCGAGGGCAUGGAAGAUCUCCAGGCCCCACUGAGGAGGUUCCUGAGGCAGGAGAUGGUUGUGGAGGUGAAGGCUGUUGGUGGCAAGAAGGACAGAUCUCUCUUCCUCUUCAGUGACCUCCUGGUCUGUACCACCCUGAAGCGGAAAUCCGGCUCCCUGCGGAGAAGUUCCAUGAGUCUCUAUACGGCCGCCAGCGUCAUUGACAUAGCCAGCAAGUACAAGCUAUUGUGGAAACUGCCCCUGGAGGAUGCAGACAUCAUCAAAGGAGCUUCCCAUGCUACCAACCGGGAGAGUGUCCAGAAAGCCAUCAGCCAUUUGGAUGAAGAUCUGAACACCCUGGGCCAGAUCAGCAAGCUCUCUGAGAGCCUCAGUUUCCCCCAUCAGAGCCUGGAUGAUGUCAUCAAGGAGCUCACAGCCGCUGCCCACCGGGACCUGGCCGAGAAGCAGGCCCUGUGCUACACCCUCUCCUUUCCACCCAACAAGGUGGAACUGUCUGCCACACGGCCCGAGGGCACUGAUACCUUCAUCUUUGAAUUCCCCCACCCGGACGCCAGGGUCGGUUUUGAGCAGGCCUUUGAUGAAGCUAAGCGGAAACUCGCCUCCAGCAAAAACUGUCUGGACCCAGAAUUCCUUAAAGCCAUCCCCAUCAUGAAAACCCGAAGUGGUAUGCAGUUCUCCUGUGCCUCCCCUAGCCACAGCACCUGCGCUGAGAGUGCCCAUGAGGUGUGGGUGUGCAACAGUGAUGGCUAUGUGGGACAGGUCUGCCUGCUGAGCUUGAGAGCCGAGCCCACCGUGGAGGCCUGCAUCGCUGUCUGUUCUGCCCGUAUCCUCUGCAUGGGAUCUGUGCCUGGCCUGCAGCCUGGUGGAGGAGGAGGAGGAGGCAACAACGGCUUCAGGGAUCAGCCCCCCUCAUUGGUAAGCCCAGCAUGCCCCCCAGAAGUGGUGGCCACCGCAGCCGCCCUGGAGGAAGGCAGUUCCCAGCCCUGCCUGCACAUCUCCAUCUCGGGGUCUUCCCCAGAGCUGCCCCCAGGGCCUGCCAACAGUACUCCGGGCCCAGAACUCAUGCCCUUCGACAGUGAUGAUUCAGACGACGAGUCCUCUCCUAGCCCCUCCGGAACCCUGCAGAGCCAGGCCAGUCGCUCCACCAUCUCCUCCAGCUUUGGUAAUGAGGAGAUGCCCAGCUCCAAGGAGGCUACGGCAGAGACAACCAGCUCUGAGGAGGAGCCAGAGCCAGGCUUCCUGCCCCUGUCCAGCUCCUUUGGCCCCAGCGGGCCCCACGGUGGCAGCCCUGUGGAUGGACGAGCCCUUCGCCGCUCCAGCCGUGGGUCCUUCACCCGGGGCAGCCUGGAAGACUUGCUCAGCAUGGAUCCCGAAGCCUACCAAAGCUCCAUGUGGCUGGGCACUGAAGAUGGCUGCAUCCAUGUCUAUCAGUCCUCGGACAGCAUCCGCAACCGCAAGAACAGCAUGAAGCUCCAGCAUACAGCAGCCGUCACAGCCAUCAUGUACCAGGAUAACCAGGUGUUUGUGUCUCUGGCGAAUGGAGAACUUGUUGUCUAUAACCGGGAAGCGGGCCAUUUCUGGGACCCCCAGAACUCCAAAUCUCUAGUCUUGGGGAGCCCUGGGAACCCUGUUACCAAGAUGGUGUCAGUGUCAGGAAAAUUGUGGUGUGGAUGCCAAAAUCGGAUCUUUGUCCUCAACACAGGCAGCCUGCAGCAGGAGCACACGUUCCAGGUCGGCUUGGACCCCAACCGCAGCGUGGCCUGCAUGGUGAACUCCAGCCUGGGCGUCUGGAUCGCCCUACACAGCACGGCCCAAGUGCGGCUGUACCACUCAGGAACCUUCGAGCAGCUGGCUGAGGUGGACAUCACCCCCCCUGUGCACAAGAUGCUCGCUGGCUCAGAUGCCAUCAUCCGCCAACACAAGGCCGCCUGUCUGCGGAUCACGGCCCUGCUGGCGUGUGAGGACCUGCUGUGGAUCGGGACGAGUGCCGGGGUGGUGCUCACAAUGCCCACGUCGCCCAACACCGUCAGCACUCCUCGGGCCCCGCUGAGUCCCGCGGGCCUUGUCCAGGGCCACACGGGCCACGUGCGCUUCCUGACCGCUAUCGAGCUCCCAGACAACUUCGACCUCCUCUGCCCUCCGCCAUCCCAUGAUGCAAGUCCCGAGAAGCCGCCUCUGCUAGAACGAAGGGAUUCUUCCCGACACCGAGGCUCGGCCCCGGCCCUGGCCAAGCCCAAGAUGCUGGUGAUCAGCGGCGGGGACGGCUACGAGGACUUCCGGCUGAGCGGCAGCAGCAGCGAGACCGUGGGCCGGGACGAUAGCACAAACCACCUCCUGCUGUGGAGGGUGUGACCCGGCCGCUCGCCCCGCCCCGCUGCGCCUGCUUGUGCGCCUGUGGGCCCCGGGCUGACUGCGGGCAUCCCGGGCUCAGGCGCGCUUCCCGCCCAGGACUCGGGUCUGGCUCCCGCCCGGCCGGGGUGCCCCCCACGUCUCCCUCGUGGCACCCCCCCUCCGUGUGCAUCUGGGGGCCACACACGUGCAUGAGAAUGGAUCACAUCCGGGGAGGCCUCCGCCCGGGAGGCAGCAGGACGCCGGCCGCUGCCAGCCCCGGCCCCUCGUCCCUCCCUCUGUGUCCCCACGGCUGCCCUGACCCCUCCUCGUCCAGGUAGUCCAGGCCCUGCCACACACCCCUGGGGCCCUCACCCAGGGCAGCCGCGGGCCAGAGGGCCAUGUGCAAUAUUGCAAGUGCUUCCUGGAGGCUGUGGGCAGAGCUGAGGCAAACGGUGGGGCUGAAGGGUGAUGGAGCCCAGGCUGGGGCCGGGGAUCAGAGGAGGAGGCAGCCGCCACAGGAGACGUGGAGGGUACCUCCCUAUGUGUACAGUAUUUAUGUAUAUUUUUAGAGGCUCGUGGUACCUCCCAGAGCACUUAUUUAUGCCCCAGUCCAGCCCAGCAAGCAAAGGAGGAAGUGAGGGCAGUCGGGAGGGCAAGAUUUGGAGGCAAGAAACACAAAAUCAUCCCUUCCUCCAGAGGGGUGGUGAGUUCAUGCCUGAAACGGACCUUCCUGAAGGGAGCAGAAUGUCCUUGUCCCCCAUCAGCCCCGUCCCCACCUCUGUCCCCAGAGAAUAGUUUUGCACAUUCACGGCACCUUCCUUCCCUCCUGAACCCUCCGAACCCAGUCCCACAGACACGGCUUCCCAUCACCCGCAGCUCACCGUGCUGCGUCCACGACCCUCAUGGCAAUUCAGGCUGGAGAAAUGAAUCCCACUUGUCCUCAUCCCCAGCUAGAAACUGAAAAGGCUUUAGACUUGGAGCCGGAGGAUCUAGAUUUAAAUUCUUAGUCUUCUGUGUGACCAAGAACUAGUCACGGUUCUGUCUCCAGCCCCUCUCUUCUGUAAAUUGAGCAGAAUUGGAGUGGGCAAUCACUGAGGUUUGUUCUAGCUGUAAAACCUGGACUCCAGUAAUUCUCCCAUUCAGAGCCAAAAGCUGGUCUAUUCUCCAUUAUCCAAGAUGGGGAAGCAACUCUAUUGCUCGUUCUAUAGCCUUUGAGAAAACUCCAUUCUCGGUUUUCUAGACCUCUCUCCCAUCACUGAGGGGUGGGAACAGGUGAGGGAGAAUCAGCAUGAUUCCUGAGCCUCAGUUCUCCAGGGGUUCUGGGCAAAAAUUCUCCCUCCACCCCAGGCUGUGUUCCUGCUCCUUGGCAGCUUUUCAUUAUUUUACGUUUUGAAUAAGGAAGACAUUUGAUGGAUCAGGGAGGCAGCUAAUGGUGAUAAUGAUAAAGCCUCUGGGUUAUACAGGAUUUAUCCAGGUCACACAGCAACUUCUACAUGGCUUAUCUCUAGGUUUCCCAGUCCCAGGCUAAUUGACCAUUGGCCAAGUUAGGCAAGAAGGGCCUGGGAACCUUCUGGUGCCUUUCCCCUCCAGACCCAUCUGAGCCCUUUACCCUAUUCCCAUCAGGCUUGCACACUGUAGCAUCUGGUACACUGGCACAUAUGAUGACUAGGGGACAGGGGAGAGGGACUCAUGAAUCAAGAACCAAAUCUGGAAGUCCCAAGCUCCCUCUCUCUCACCCCAGACUCUAACCACUGAACCUCUUUCCCUCCUGAGUUCUCUCCACCCUCACAGACUGAGCCCUUCCAAGAUUACCUUGUCCCUUCUAUUUCCAUCCCCAAAGCAGAGUGAAUCUGAUGGGGCCCCUUUAAGGGACAAGGGAAAGAGUAGUUUGGGGGACCCAGAUACAGCCCCUGUCCAGCCCCAGCUCCCCCAUCUACUCAUCUUCGGGGAAAGAGCCUGACCUCCCUCUGCCUGCAUUCUCCAAACUGUAACUCCAAAGGUUUCACCACUGGGGACUCUGGCUUGUCUUGUCCAGGUUUGGGGAGGAUAAGGGCUGGGAACAUGGGUUCAAGGUCCUAUUUUUCUCACUACCAAAUGACCAUGUAUUAACUCCAUGGAUGAUGAAGUUUCAAACAAGUCAAUAAACAGAAACACAGAGAAAAAAA